AUGGUGAAAACCAAAAAUGCCAAUCGGCCUUUUCGGCCUCCCCCUCCUCCGGCGUCUUCUCCGUCCCUAUCCGUGGCCAUUGUUCCCAUUCAGCCGUCGCCUCCUUCACCCACGGGUUCGCCUCCAGUACGGUCACCCUCACCAUCGUCCUCCUCCACCACGGGUUCGCCUCUUUCACCCAAAGGUAUGAGCUCUCCACUUAGUUCAUUUCCUAAACGUUUUACUAGGUCGUCUCUUGCCUCGUCCAGUCCAUCCACCCCACUGUCCUCACCCAAUCCCUCCAAACCCUCCACAUCCAAACCCACCCCAUCAUCGAAAAGAAAAGCACCUCCGUCUUCACCAACGCCUCAGCCUAAGCGACCCAAGAAAACUUCUAGGGCUCCAGCUGCAUCCUCUGUCCCUCCAAUCACUAUCACUCUCCACCAUAGUCAGCCUACCCAUCCUUUUUGCUUGGACCAUAAACUACUGCGUUAUAGGGAUGAGGUUUCUCAGAGAAAAUUGUGGUUUGAAUACAAUGUUGUUAUUGAUGAUUUUCCCCUCCAUAAAGCCUUAAUAGAAUCUCGGGGGUGGCUCAACACUGUUACCAAUCUCACAACACCUUGUCCGACACUUGUCCGUGAGUUCUAUGCCAAUAAUUAUAAAAGGAUCAUUAAUGAAAAUAGUGCUCUCAAGUACCGAGCCUACAUUCGGGGUAAACGUUUUCCUUUUUCUUCCUCAAUUAUGUUCAGGGUGUUGUCUGUUCGAAAAGAGUUGUCUCCUGACUUUAAUCCUAAAUUUACACCGUCUAAGCUUGAAAUGGCGGUUUCUCUAACUGGUUCUGAUUCUUUUGAAUGGGGUAAUGGUGAUCUGCCUGUUCCGACUCUAUCUCAUUUUUACAAGGUGUUUCAUCGCACUGCCUUGAAUAACUGGUUUCCAAAUACGCAUACCACUUCCAUCACAACUGAGAUUGGUAAGUUCUUAUUUGUUGUUGGUACUGGGGUCUCUAUUGAUUUGCCUGCCCUUAUUUUUGGAAAGAUUGUGGAUGCUGCUUUAGCCACGGGAACAAGGAAUGUUCUCCCGUUUCCUUGCCUAGUUCAUCAAAUUGCCUUAAGAGGUGGUCCAACACUGACUCUUCAUGACGUGCCUUUAGCUGUUCCAUCCUUUGGAAAGUCUUGCAAAGCUCUUAAGUCCAAACAGGUUCUGCCUCCUACUUCCGUCCACUCCAGAUCCAUCUUCUCAAACUCCAGUUGCAUCUGUUACUACGAUCAAAGACCUUGCUCCUUCCAGUUGGCAAGUUCAAUUUGUAAAUCGAUUUGCAGCCUUUGA